CGACGAACGCUGCGAGCUCGUGGCGUGAUUGACCUUCGACUCGACGACACAGGAGCCCCAGUGCCAGUGUCAGCACGAUGACAGCGCCGCCCCCAGCCCCAUUAGGGGACACUGCGCGCGACGAGCCUUCAAGUUUCGGCGGCCCCACGGUGCCUCCGACCCCAGCGACGCCGACCGUGGUCGGCUCGGACGACGAGGCGGACAGGCUUGAGGACGCCAAGAAAGAAAAGACCAGCAGCAGCAGGAGGUCGAGCGACGCUGGUGGCCCGAGCACACCGGCUGUUCCGGCUACGACUGGGCGCGCUCCGAGCGUGGCGGCCACCGACGACAAGGAUGAUGGCGAGGUCGUCGAGGCGGCACCCGAGCCGGCCGCGCCAGCACCGCCCGAGCUGUCCAGAGCCCAGCGCAUCGGCCUCGUGUCCCUCGGCACGGCGGUCAUGUGCAUGAGCGCUGGCGGGCAGCAGGGCCUGAACAUUGCGCUGCCGAUUAUCCAGACCGAGCUGGGCAUCAAGGAGGCAGACCUGCAGUGGGUCGCGUCGGCGUACUCGCUCACGUCUGGCUGUUUCCUGCUGCUGUCCGGCCGCCUCGCAGACGUGUUUGGCCGCAAGCGGUGCUUCGUCAUCGGCAUGCUGUGGUAUGCCUUGUGGUGCCUCGUUGGCGCCUUCUUGCAUUCCGGCCCCGCGUUCAUCGUCACGAGGGCUCUGGCGGGCGCUGGCGCCUCCAUGGGUAUCCCCUCCGCGAUGGGCAUCAUCGGCGCCAACAUCCACGGCAAGGAACGCGCGACCGCCUUCGCAAUGUUCGCUGCUGGUGCCCCCAUCGGCGGCGGCACAGGUAUCAUCCUCGGUGGCGUGCUCGCGUCCUACACGGACAAGACGUGGCGGCCCGUCGUGUGGAUGUUUGCCGGGCUCGCCUUCCUCAUCGCAAUGCUCGCAAUGUAUUUCGUGCCCCGCGACCGCCAUGUCGAGGGGCACGACCGGCGCGUGGACUGGGUUGGCGCGUUCCUCAUCACGGCCGGGCUUGUGCUGCUCCAGUUUUCUGUCAGCGACGCGUCGAGCGCGCCGAAGGGGUGGCGCACGCCUUACAUCCCUACGGCCUUCGCCAUCUCCAUCAUCCUCAUCGCAGCCUUCUUCUUCUGGGAGUACCACGUCAUCCACCGCACGUCGCGCCCGCCUCUCCUCCGCCUGGCGCUCUUCACGCGUGCACGUGGCCGCCUCGCGGCGAUGUACCUCGUCGGGUUCACCGCUUGGAUGGGCUUCGUGUCCACCGGGUACCAGGCGACGCUGUACUACCAGCAGGUGCAGAUGACGGGGUCGAUUGGCGCCGCGCUCCGCUUCCUCCCGUGCCCUAUUGCCGGCUUGACAUGCGUUUUUAUUGUCAGCAGGCUCGUGCACAUCCUCCCGACAGUCGCGAUCGCGUGUAUCGGCUUGGCCUCCACAGCCCUGUCGGGCAUCUUCCUCGCCGUCUCGUCCCGAAACCAGCUGUACUGGACCUUCCCCUUCAACGCCAUGUACCUCUGGGUCGUGGGCGCCGACUUUAUUCUGCCCACGGGGUCGAUUUUUGUGUCCCGCAUGGCGCUCCCGCAGGAGCAGAGCGUCGGCGGCGCACUGUGGCAGACUAUUCUGCAGCUCGGCGGGUCCUUCGGGCUGACGUUCACCUCUGUCGCCGCGACGUCCGUGCGCGAGAGGUGGAUCUCCCGCGGCCUGGACCACGUCGACGCGCUCCACCGCGGCUUGCAGGCCGCGUUCUGGCUCAGCUCGGCGCUCUCGCUGCUCGCCCUCGUGAUCGCCGCGUCGACGUUGCAUGGUAUCGGGCUGGUCUCGCAGGCGGGCGAGAAGCAGGUAGGAGAUAAGCCGGUAAAGGAGAGCAGGGAGACUGGGGAGGCCGAGAAGGCGGAGAAGGCGUAA